GGGCAGUAAGAAUGGCCAGCCAGUCCCAGGGCAUCCAGCAACUUCUCCAAGCAGAGAAACGGGCAAAGGACAAGCUAGAGGAAGCCAAGAAACGAAAAAACAAGCGCUUGAGGCAAGCGAAGGAAGAAGCAACGGCAGAUAUUGACCAGUACAGGUUAAAGAGAGAGGCAGACUUCCGGCGCAUUCAGACGUCUGUCAUGGGGUCCCAGGGUAACCUGGCAGUGAAGAUAGAGGAGCAAACUGUCGAGAAGAUUCAGUUCUACAGCUCCAGUUACAAUAAAUACAAGGAGGGGGUGUUAAAGGAACUGUUGGAUUUAGCAUAUAAUAUAAAACCAGAACUCCACACCAAUUACAAAUACAAGAUAUAAUAAAGCAGAUGUGCCUAAGCGGAAGAUGGCUGAUAAUGUAAGCUUUCGUUGAACAAAGAUUGGAUAUUUUCCUUAUAAAAUCCUUACUGAUUUACCCCCUACUCCUUCACAAGGACCAGCAACAUGAUGUGGCAUAGGAGGCACUCAGUAUUACAUCACCUUUCUCUCCGCAUACAAUUUGUAACCCAGAAUGGUAUAAUUAUCCUGAUUUGGAGAGGCAUUCAAUAUAUACUUAUCUAAAAAUCUUGUGUAAAGGAAAGGCACUUUAAAGAGAAAAUAAAUAUCCAUAUCAAUAGUUAUCAUUCUCUCUCACUCUAUAUAUAUAUAUAUAUAUAUAUAUAUAUAUAUAUAUAUAUAUAUAUAUAUAUAUAUAUAUAUAUAUAUAUAUAUAUAUAUAUAUACUGUAUACGUGUGUGUGUUCUUUAUUGUACUGCUAAUGAGCACAGAAUCAUAAGACUCCAUGUUCUGCUCAUGUUUAAUAAAAGCACCAAUCCAUUUUCCAUAUCAGUUUGAAAAUAGUGGCAUGCAUGUAUUAUCCCAUAAAUAAAGAAAUAAAUAAGUCUCAUG